GGCUCAGCGCUCCUGCCUCUGCUGAGUCCCCAGCCCGCGGGCUCGUGGACUGCCGAGUCCUCGCGCCGCCCCGCGACAGCUGCUUCGGGCUGGGGCUGUUCGCCCCGGCUCCACCAGCCCCGCCGCGGAUCGUCUCCAGGGCGCACCCCGCCGCGUCUCCCUCUCCCGACCCGCUUUUCUCUUUCGGAAGACUUUGCCCCUGACAUUUGGUGAGAGGGGCUGGAAAGGGGGCGCAGAGACUGUCCGGAGGCCGAGGAGGCAAGCCAGGCCGGUAGGCGGCUGAGGGGACCCGUGUCGCCCUCUGUUCGCUCCGCGCGCCCCGCCCCAGUGCGCACUCCUCGCCAGCGAGCAAGCGAGCGACUUUGGGACUAAGAAAGUGAGUGGGGCCUGGGUGACAGCGCCUCGGGGCCAGUCCCGGGGAAGCCGCGCGCCCGCCCGAACGCCCGCCAAGGAUGGCCUCCACCGCCACCUGCACCAGGUUCACCGACGAGUACCAGCUCUUCGAGGAGCUCGGAAAGGGGGCAUUCUCAGUGGUGAGAAGAUGUAUGAAAAUCCCUACCGGACAAGAGUAUGCUGCCAAAAUUAUCAACACCAAAAAGCUUUCUGCUAGGGAUCAUCAGAAACUGGAAAGGGAAGCUAGAAUCUGCCGUCUUUUGAAACACCCCAAUAUUGUUCGACUUCAUGACAGCAUAUCAGAAGAGGGGUUUCAUUACUUGGUGUUUGAUUUAGUAACUGGAGGUGAACUGUUUGAAGACAUAGUGGCCAGAGAAUAUUACAGUGAAGCUGAUGCCAGUCAUUGCAUUCAGCAGAUCCUGGAGGCUGUGCUACACUGCCAUCAGAUGGGCGUAGUCCAUCGGGACCUGAAGCCUGAGAAUUUGCUUUUAGCUAGCAAAUCCAAGGGAGCAGCUGUGAAACUGGCAGACUUUGGCUUGGCCAUAGAAGUUCAAGGCGACCAACAAGCAUGGUUUGGUUUCGCUGGCACGCCUGGAUAUCUCUCUCCAGAAGUUUUACGUAAAGAUCCUUAUGGAAAGCCUGUUGACAUGUGGGCAUGUGGUGUCAUUCUGUAUAUUCUACUGGUGGGGUAUCCUCCCUUCUGGGAUGAGGACCAACACAGACUCUACCAGCAAAUCAAGGCUGGCGCAUAUGAUUUUCCAUCACCAGAAUGGGACACAGUAACUCCUGAAGCCAAAGACCUGAUCAACAAAAUGCUUACUAUCAACCCUGCCAAACGCAUCACAGCCUCAGAGGCCCUGAAACACCCAUGGAUCUGUCAACGUUCUACUGUUGCUUCCAUGAUGCACAGACAGGAGACUGUCGAUUGCUUGAAGAAAUUCAAUGCUAGACGAAAACUAAAGGGUGCCAUUUUGACAACCAUGCUGGCUACAAGGAAUUUUUCAGCAGCCAAGAGUUUGUUGAAGAAACCAGAUGGAGUGAAGAAAAGGAAGUCCAGUUCGAGUGUUCAGAUGAUGAUAAACAACAAAGCCAACGUGGUAACCAGCCCCAAAGAAAAUAUUCCUACCCCGGCGCUGGAGCCCCAAACUACUGUAAUCCACAACCCUGAUGGAAACAAGGAGUCAACAGAGAGUUCAAAUACAACAAUUGAGGAUGAAGAUGUAAAAGCACGAAAGCAAGAGAUUAUCAAAGUCACUGAACAACUGAUCGAAGCAAUCAACAACAGGGACUUUGAAGCUUACACAAAAAUCUGUGACCCAGGCCUUACUGCCUUCGAACCUGAAGCUUUGGGUAACUUAGUUGAAGGAAUGGACUUUCACCGAUUCUACUUCGAAAAUGCUUUGUCCAAAAGCAAUAAACCAAUACACACCAUCAUCCUGAACCCCCACGUGCAUCUGGUAGGGGACGAUGCUGCCUGCAUAGCAUACAUUAGGCUCACACAGUACAUGGAUGGCAGCGGGAUGCCAAAGACCAUGCAAUCAGAAGAGACCCGCGUGUGGCAUCGCCGGGAUGGAAAGUGGCAGAAUGUUCAUUUUCAUCGCUCGGGGUCACCCACCGUACCCAUCAAGCCACCCUGUGUUCCAAGUGGAAAAGAGAACUUCUCAGGAGGCAUCUCUUUGUGGCAACACAUCUAAGGCCUGAGAACCAUUCACAUGUGGGUCUUCUAAUCAUCCCCAGUGCCACUUUUGCGUUCUCUGUUCCUGAGGCACCCCGGUGGCCCCUCAGCUAUCCUCUCCUCCUCUUCAUGCAUGUUUGAGUGCAUGAAGUUGUGAAGGUCUCCACGUAAUGCAUAUGCAAUGUGUCAUCUUGUCAUCUCUUCCUUCCUGUACAUUGUUUACACUUCCGUGGUGGCGAUGCUCCAUGCACACGUCAGUGACUGUUGGCAAACCACAGGGGAGGUGAGACAGAGGAAUUCCACAAUAUUCCAAGUACAACAUAUUUAUCAAGGUUCUCUGUGUAUGCCAAGAUCUAACAGACUUAAAAAUUGUUGUUCUCUGAAUGAGUUUGUAAGAGAAAUGUAAAUUUUUUAGAAUUCUGCCAUUAAUGUAUUUUAGCUUGUUUCUUGCUUUUUGGUUUUUGUUUGAAGGUUUAAAAACAUACCUUUAGUUUCCUGGUGUGACCCUGGUUGAAAUGAGUAGUUUUCACUGAGAGCUUUGCUGUUACACAGUGAAAGUGGGUUGAUAUGGAGAUAAAAAAUAUGACAUAUGAAAGUAGUCAGAUGAUUUGCUACCAUUGAAAGCCAUGUUGUUUUUGGUCAAACCAUGUAAACUGGAAAAAUUCACAUCAUUUACAAGUUUGGUUACUUUCAGAUAUAUUCACACUGUUCUGGUGAAUUCAAUGAAUUGAUUUUCUUUUUCCUUUCUCAAAUCUGUUUUCUUGAUUUUAUCUUAUUUCUUUGUUCCUUUUAUUUACUUCCUUUUUUAUUUUUCUUUUGGUUUUCCAGUGUUUAUUUUUGUUUUCCUUUUGUUUGGGGGGAGGGGUUAAUUAGGGUAUAAGAAAAAAAUCAAAGCACAAUUUGCUGAAUGACUAUAAAAAUCAAGGUGUUUUGGAGGGAGCUAAACUAGCACUUGAUCAUUUCAGGCAGGGCCCACAGAAAAGAAGAUUUUAAGUUGAGAUUUUUCAGUUCUGCUUAAGUUCCCACUGGGAUGUAGGUAUCCUUACUAUGUUGGAAGUGUUUGAAUCCUUGGAACUUCUGCUAAAAGCCAGGCUAUCUCCACUGUAACCAAUGGGCUUCAGCCACUGGGGCAGUUGCCAGGGCACAACGUGUUUGGAGCUGCUGAGGCUUCUACACAAAUGCACUGUUCCCACCUUGGGAGCUGCAGGGGCCCCUCCUGCCUUGUCCCCAACUAAUUUACUAAAGUUGGAGAGCUCACGACUAUUUUCCAUUCUCGUGUUUUGAACUUCAUCUUUGUGACCUGGGCUACUUCAGCUUUCCUCUUGAGUCGCAAUAUCAUCUUCCUCCAUGGAGUUAGGAUUUUCCAGUUUAAAACAAAAAGAAAAGGGAAAUGUGCCAGUUUCCUUUGUGCUUCUUGUUUCUCCUCUGUUGAUGCAUUUCCUGUGAGGCUUUUUCUCUUCCCUGAAAUGCUGUUAGUGCAUGGAAUUUCCAUCGACAUUAUUUUAACCAUAGUUACUUGCAGUCUUCAGAAGCCUAUUUUUUAAAACAGCAAAAAACAAAAACAAAAAAUAACUCACUUUUCUCAUAUUUCACCUUUCUGUGUUGAUUACUAAUAACCUUAGAUAUUGUUGCUAGUGGACAUAUGAUAGAUGGGUUGAAGCUUUUCUGAUAAUUAUUACACAAUUUAAAACAAUAUAUAUUUAAAGUAAAUAUAUACAGUAAAUGUAUUGAGCCAUGUUAACCUGCCAAUGAGAUCUGUGAAAAGUAAUGGCCUCAUUUUUCUCUUCUUAAUUUCUUUUACUUUUUUGUGAAGCGGCUAUACGUGGCAUACAUGUAUUAAAAACAUAGGUGUAGAGUGGUUAUUUUUACACUUUUAACUUAGCAUGUGGUGUUGAAGUAUUUCUGUAGAUCAAGUUUGUCUUCCACACUCAGCUGUGAGGAAAUCGUGAUUCAUUCUCUGCACCACAACUGAAUUACACAUUUAUUAUCUUUAUCAUUUUGAAACACUGCAAUUUACCAUGGAACACUGUAUAUAUUUCUUGUCAUAAUGGUAAAUGAUUGAUGGAAUAUAUUUAAGAGUUAAUAAAUUUGUGAUUUCUGCUGAAA